GGUCCUUUCUUGCUGAGGGCUAGCUUAUAAAACGGGGUUUUAGAGCUACAUGUUUUAAUACGUUUAAAAUUUCCCCAGUAAGCUACCUAUUAGCUAUUCGAUAAUUACAAAAGGAGUUUUUUUCUGUUUGUUUUUAUGCCUCAAGUGGCGCUGAAGAAGUGUGUCUAAGCGUUGAACGUUGUUUUUAUCUUUCGGUUUCAGUCGCAGCGGAGCUAAAGCGUUAGCAUCAUCCCAGCUAACAAACUAUCCCUAUCUCCAGAAUAACACCUUCUGUGAUAUUUCUUCAUAAAAAUAAGACGUGGCGUUGAUGAGCAAUAAUCAUGUCUGGCAUUGCUCUCAGCAGACUGUCCCAGGAGCGCAAAGCCUGGAGGAAAGACCACCCAUUUGGCUUUGUUGCUGUGCCCACGAAGAACCCUGAUGGAACCAUGAAUCUAAUGAACUGGGAAUGUGCCAUCCCUGGGAAAAAAGGGACUUUGUGGGAAGGGGGACUUUACAAGCUAAGAAUGCUGUUUAAAGACGACUACCCGUCCUCUCCACCCAAAUGCAAGUUUGAGCCACCGAUAUUCCACCCAAACGUCUACCCAUCCGGCACUGUGUGUCUGUCCAUCCUGGAGGAGGACAAAGAUUGGCGACCGGCCAUCACAAUCAAGCAGAUCCUGUUGGGUAUCCAGGAGCUGCUGAAUGAGCCCAAUAUUCAGGACCCAGCACAAGCAGAAGCUUACACAAUCUACUGUCAGAACAGGAUGGACUACGAGAAGCGGGUCAGGGCACAAGCCAAGAAGUUUGCCCCCACAUAGAGUGGAUAAGCCUGGUUAGAGGAGGCCGGCAGCAGCUGAAGGACCACUCCAAUAAGAAUCUGUUUAGAGUAUUAUUACACUGUUCAUCAGGUGAAAUGCAAACAUUUUUUCUUUAUCCCUUUUCAAACGCUGAAAGCUUAACAGGACUCUGAUUGUACAUUCGUUUAUGCAUUUUAGAUGCAUUCGUAUUACAGCGGAUGCUAAACUUCCUCAUUCCUUCCCUGAAUACUAUACAAAGUGUCAACAGGCUGUAAAAUAAGAAUCCAUGUCUCGGUUUUCUGUGAAACCCUCAGUUGAUUGCAGUAAAGGACAAUAUUUUACACACUGUGCUUUCAUCCAACCAUCGGAGCUCAGAAUAAGUGUGCUUAUGUUGGUUAGUGUGACUGCAGCUGGAGCUAAGGCUGCUGAAGAGUAGGAGCUGCUUUGUAAACACCCAUUAGGUGUAAGUCAAUUAAAGGAAAAGACAAUCUGUAUAUUUGACACGAAAUUGGUUCUGAAGGAAGUUGUUAUCUAGUAGUUCAGUAUAUUUAGGUUCAGGGAGAGCAUGAAGGGUCAAGCCUUUGCUCCACACACUCCUGUUAUUCCAGUUUAAGAUGCUUAGUGUUUAGAUUCUUAUUGUGAAUCCAGCUGAAAGUAAAAAUGUUUAGUAACGGUGAAAAAAUUCAUCCACCUGCAAUAUCAAGGUGUUUUCCUCUUCCAAAGAUACCGAAGCUUCAUGUAGGUAAGCUCCAUUGUGAAAGCAAGCAAAGCGGUGACUGUUAAUCGUUGGCCCCUUUCACUCGGUCGUUUUGAACCAAUGACUUCCACGUCUCCACGAACAAGUCCAGCAGGCUCUCAGGAGCAGAAGGAUCCUCAGUGGAAUAGCCUCUCUCCAGCAAAAGCGAACUGAAGAAAGUGCACUUGUUAAUAAACCAAGGCCUGAGUUUUUUCUGUUUUGUUUUUUUGGCCUCUUAACUAAAUGAGUGCAUGUAAAUAAUAUAAAUAACAAACUGUGGAAGUAAUGUUUUAUAUUAUUUUAGCUGGAUGUAUGUGGUAUUGUUGUAAGAAGGGGAAAUAAAAAAUGUAAAAUUGUC